AUGGCACCAACUGAGUUGGUGGAACUCGGGCUACAAACAGCGGUGUUGCCGCCCGGCCAACUCAGCUGCGGGGUGCGGCACGAGCGCGGCCUGUCCGGCAUCUGCGACCCGACCGACGGACAGCUGCGGGAGACUUUCUUGAACCAAACGACGGUGGGUUGGUUCGGCGAGUUCCCGUGGCUGGCGUCGGUGCGCGGCACGCCGGCGACGCGCACCGACUCGCCGCUGCCCCUCUGCGGCGGUGCACUCGUGCACCCGAUCGCUGUGCUCACCUCGGCCGCCUGCUACCAGCUGGCGGCGCAGCGCAGCUACAGGGUGACAGUGCGACUGGCGGAGUUUCGCGUCACCACGGACGUGGACUUCGGACGGCCGGCGUCCGAGCACCGGAUUGCUCGCGCCGUCUACCACCCAGACUUUCAGCUCACUGGCGGGAACGAGGUCGUGAACGACGUGGUUCUGUUGCUGCUGGAGCGGCCGGCGGCGCUGGACGGCGCCGUGGGGCUGAUCUGCCUGCCGGACGGCUCGCUGUCGGCUGACCAGGAGGCGGCCAGCUGGAAGCGCGGCGACUGCGUGCUGCACGGCUGGUCCAACCCGCGCAAGGACGCACUGGACGCCGUGCUGCACGAGCCCGUCCACUUCCUGUCCACUUCGACGUGCCAGGCCGCUCUGCGUCGGACGCGGUCGCUACACCCCAGCUUCGCGUGCGGCCAAAGCGUGGCCGCAGAGUGCUGGGCGGACGUCGGCUCUGUGAUGGCGUGUCGCGAUCCGCGCGACAGGUCCCGCUGGGCUCUGGCCGGCAUGGUGCCGUGGUCUCACCAGCACAGCCCGUGUGGACAGGUCUCCCGCUACACCAACAUCGGCAGGUACUCCGGCUGGAUCAAGGACACCAUAGCUGCACACCUCAGCGCGCAGACCUGA